UACGUUUGUCCGUGCUACCGUCUCUCUUCUGGGUUUCAAUAAAGUUUUCCUCUUCCUCCCCUGGUACGGAGCUCAAGAUGGCGGCCUCAUGGUCGCCCUUGGUUACCCUGCGCUUAACGCAGAGCCGGCUGAGAGGGAGAUGUGUUGGGUGCAGGGCUUGGGCCGCUGCUCUCACCCCUUCGGCCAUCGCCCCUGGAAACCCUCUUUGUAAAGCCUAUUCAGUUCAGCCCCCUGAGAGUAUGUCUCCAACUGCUGCUACAGAGGCUUAUUCAAAAGCUUUAGCUGUUUGCCAUGGGCCAUUGGACCACUAUGACUUUCUGAUCAAAGCUCGUGAGCUAAAAGAUGAUGAACAUCAAAGAAGAGUCAUACAGUGUCUGCAGAAACUGCAUGAGGACCUUAAAGGAUACAGGAUAGAGGAAGAAGGCCUUUUUUCUAAGCUUUUUUCAAGGAGCAAACCUCCAAGGGGCCUGUAUGUUUAUGGAGAUGUGGGUACAGGGAAAACAAUGGUGAUGGACAUGUUUUAUGCUUACGUGGAAAUGAAGAGGAAAAAACGUGUUCAUUUUCAUGGUUUCAUGCUAGACGUUCACCAAAGAAUACACCGCCUUAAACAGAGUUUGCCAAAGAGGAAACCAGGAUUCAUGGCUAAAUCAUACGAUCCAAUAGCUCCUAUAGCUGAAGAAAUUAGUGAAGAAGCAUGUCUCUUAUGUUUUGAUGAAUUUCAGGUCACUGACAUUGCUGAUGCCAUGAUUCUGAAACAGCUUUUUGAAAAUCUGUUCAAAAACGGGGUCGUCGUUGUGGCAACAUCCAACAGGCCACCGGAAGAUCUCUAUAAAAAUGGACUCCAAAGAGCUAAUUUUGUCCCAUUCAUAGCUGUCCUGAAGGAAUACUGUAAUACGGUCCAGCUAGAUUCUGGGAUAGAUUAUCGGAAAAGGGAACUUCCUGCUGCAGGAAAACUCUACUACCUCACAAGUGAAGCUGAUGUGGAGGCUGUCAUGGAUAAGUUGUUUGAUGAGCUGGCUCAGAAACAAAAUGAUUUAACUAGACCAAGGAUUCUAAAAGUGCAAGGCAGAGAGCUGCGGCUGAAUAAAGCUUGUGGAACCGUUGCCGACUGCACAUUUGAAGAGCUGUGUGAGAGACCGCUUGGAGCCAGUGACUAUUUGGAACUGUCAAGGAAUUUUGAUACAGUAUUUUUACGAAACAUUCCACAAUUUACCCUGGCGAAGAGGACCCAAGCUAGGAGAUUCAUAACUCUCAUCGAUAACUUUUAUGAUUUCAAGGUGCGCAUAAUUUGCUCUGCAUCGGCUCCUAUAUCAAGCUUAUUUUUGUAUGAUCAUCAUGACAGUGAGUUGGAGCAAAGCAGAAUACUGAUGGAUGAUUUGGGGCUGAGCCAGGACUCAGCGGAAGGACUAGCCAUGUUUACUGGAGAAGAGGAAAUCUUUGCAUUUCAGCGCACAAUUUCCCGACUCACAGAAAUGCAGACUGAACAGUACUGGAAUGAAGGAGACAGAAGCAAGAACAGUUCAUUUUCCUGGAACAGAAAGUUUAAAGUAAUCCAGCCUGUCUUCUUCUCGAGUCUCUGCUGCCUCUACCGUACUCUGCACUAGAAGCUUCACAUCCGUCACCCCAGGUCCUCGCUGAACCCAGUCAAACGUAUCGUCUGCUGACCUGUGUGCCGUGUGUGACAGCGUGAAACUCCAGAAGGACAUCUGUCCGUCCGUCUUCCAAGCCCGCUCAGGAAGGCUGCAGAGGUGGUCUGAGAAGCUUCCUCUCUCAGGGCUGUAUCCAUUGAGAGCUGGUGUCUCUGAUGCACCUCUCUCUUUAUCCAAGUAGGUGGGAAGGGCCCUGAACCUGGUUCUGUCAGCUUUUGCUUCGUAACCUUGAACUAGUGCUUUGAGCCUUGGUUUUCUUAUCUAUA